UCUCUGCCAACAUCCUGCUCUGCCUGGAGACGGUUAUCUGGCCAAGCUUUGGUGAGCAGAAAAAAUGUCCACUCGCUACCACCAAGCUGCCAGUGAUAGCUACCUGGAACUUCUGAAAGAGGCUACCAAGCGAGAUCUGAAUCUCUCGGAUGAAGAUGGCAUGACUCCAACCCUCUUGGCAGCCUACCAUGGGAACUUGGAAGCCCUAGAGAUAAUCUGCAGCAGAGGAGGGGACCCUGAUAGAUGUGACAUCUGGGGAAAUACUCCCCUACAUUAUGCAGCCUCCAAUGGCCAUGCCCACUGUGUCUCAUUUCUGGUCAACUUUGGUGCCAAUAUCUUUGCCCUGGACAACGACUUACAGACUCCACUGGACGCUGCUGCCAGCAGGGAACAGAAUGAUUGUGUUGCUCUCCUGGAUAAGGCUGCCACUGCCCAGAACAUCAUGAAUCCUAAGAAGGUCGCCAGGCUGAAGGAGCAGGCCCAGAAGAAUGCCAGGAGGCAAAUCAAAGAGUGUGAAAGGCUCCAGGAGAAACAUCACAAUAAGAUGGCCCGUACCUACAACCAGGAGGAAUCUGGGACUCUUUCUUCUGCCAAGGGCACCUUCUCUAAGUCAUCCUUUUCAAACGCUUCUGCUUCUGGCACAUUUGGGUCACUGUCUAAAGGCAUUAAAGACACGUUCAAGCUAAAAUUCAAGAAGAACAAAGAUACCGCAGGGAACAUAGAGAAGGAAGGCAGAAGUGGACAGAGGAAUGUGAUGGAAGUAUUCAGAGAGGAGGAGGAAGACUCAUUCUCGGAGGACUUUAAGGAGAAGCUCCAGUUCUCAGCAGAGGAGGAUGGUAGUGUGCAACAUGAAUCCAUUCUCAACCGUCCAGGUCUAGGAAAUAUUGUUUUUAGAAAGAACAGAAUACUGAGUCCUGAAGAAAUCUCAGACAGACAGAGGGAGCUGGGAUUUAGAAUGCCUAGUGAAUGGCUUCAGAGACAAGGAGCUGCAGAGGCUGAAGAAGCUGAGGCUGAUGAAGAGGGAGAGGAAAACGGUCUUAAAGGUGAUAUGCCUUGGGAUGAGGAUGAAGUGGAAUGGGAGGAAGAUGCGGUUGAUGCUACUCCCCUGGAAGUGUUCUUGCAGUCCCAGCACCUAGACGAAUUCCUUCCCAUUUUCAUAAGAGAGCAGAUUGAUCUGGAAGCUCUGUUGCUUUGCUCUGAUGAGGACCUUCAGAGCAUACAAAUGCAGCUGGGUCCCAGGAAGAAAGUUCUCAGUGCCAUAAACAGAAGGAAGCAGGUGCUGCAACAGCCCGGGCAUCUGGUUGACACCAGCCUCUGAUGGAGAGCGUUGAGUCAACAGGGUAUGCCCGUAGCCUCAGGUGAUGCUGUAGCACUCUGGGGGCACUCCUGGCAACACUCCUUCUCUACACAGCGCCAGACCCUCAGAAAUAGUUUCUAGGGUUUUGGAGAUGCCCACUUAAGAUUGGGCAAACUCAACUCUGGAAAAUAUAAGAGGACUUCAGAAAAGUUCAUGGAAACAUAACAUUUAUGUAGGAGUUAAUUUUGGUACCAAAAAAAAAAUCCCCUUUGCUCUGUGAAUAAUUUUCCCAUGAUACAUAUUUUCCAUGAGCUUUUUGAAGACCUCUCCUGAUACAUACUCUAAGGAGACCUCUGCACAGGAAGAUGGGAUUUUCUUUCAAUUAUCCAUUUGACAUUUUUGAAUAAAGAACUGGCCAAAUGGAUGACUUAAAGAGGAAAUAAAUUUUACUUUUCUAACCCUGGACUUAAGUUUUAAUCUAGUACACUAGCCUGCUGCUUCCCUUUCUGAUCCACAUACCCUAGGGAUUCUGUUUUGUUUUUAGUACUAUGAUGUUGUUUGUUGGUGGACACUGACAUUCCCCAUUGACUUGAAGCUCAGUGCCCAAUUUAAAUGCAUCUAACCUUUAAUGAUGUUUACAGCUCUGUGGCAAUGGGUCUAUAAUACUGCUUCCUGAGAACAGAGACCAGGUAGGAAGAGCGAAGUAAUAAGAGUAAUGAAUGGAAUUGUGUCCCACUUCCAGCCCUACCUCUACCUCCAAAUUUAUAUGUUGGAUAUCUAACCCCCACAGUGACUGUAUUUGGAGGCUAGGCCUUGCAUGAGGUAUUUAGGGUUAAGUGAGGUCAUAGGAUGGGGCCCUAAUCCCAUUAUGAUUUGUAUUCUUACAAGAAGAGACAACAAGCAUGGAUGCCCAGAGAAAAGGCCAUGUGAGGACACAGAAGGUGCUGUCUGCAAGGAAGGAAAGGUCUCAGGGGAAACAAAACCUGCCAACAUCUUGGACUUCCAGCCUCCAGAUCUGUGAAGGAAAUACAUUUCUGUUGUUUAAUGUUACUCAGUCAAUAGCAUUGUUAUGGUAGCCC